AGACAACAGUCGUGUCCUAUGAUAUCAGUACGUAUUGUUAUAUACAUAUGUUAUUGUGUCGCUUUUCGAAAUCUCUGUAUUUCUCGCGAUUUUUGCUUGAGAAAUCGUGUAAGUAAUUAAACCCGCAGUAUUAUUUCGAUCGUUGCGUCGUGUUAAUUAUUACCGAUUAUUCGCGAGUGCGUGUUAUGGCUGAUAGAUAUAUACAUAUAUAUAUAUCUCUGUUAGUGUAUCUUUUUUUAUUCGACUCGACAAUAUGUGUGAUCCACACUUGAAUAAUAGUUCGAUAGAUGAAAGCAAUGGGUACGUAAGAUUCUUGUACAAUGUACAAUCAUCGUAUCCUGCUAACAUGUAUGAUGCAGGUGGAUAUAUGCCUAAUGUAUUACCAGUACAUCCGCUGCCACAGCCUGAUAACAGUUUUCUUCCAGUAUUUGGACCACCUAUGACUAUUAAUUAUAUGCAAGAAUUUGAGAACAUUGAUAGAAUAAAUUAUUCCUUUGAUCAGUUCAGAGCGCAAUGGGAGCAAUGCAAUUAUGUUCCUGUAAAUCAUGAAUUGUUCAUACAACAUCCAAUUAUGCCAAUGACACCACAAAAUACAAUAAAUAUGGGGAUUGAAUUUCAAAAAUUGGAAACUGAAGUUUCAAAAUUUAAUGGACUGAAUAGUAAUUGCAAUAUCAGUGAACCAAUAGUUCAAAAUAUUCACAUGGAGCACAAUUAUUCUUUUGUAAAUCAUACACCAUAUGUACCACACUUUCCAAAAACCAGACCACAAAAUAUAAAUGUCAACAAUGAAUCUCAGAGUUCAAAACUAAGUAAAAUUUUAAAAAUUGAUGGAUCCAAUCGUAAUCAUGAUAUCAGUAGUAAAUCGAUGGUUCAAAUGGAGCAUAAUAAUUUCUCUGUAAAUCAUUCACAGCAUACAUCAUCACACUGUCCAAUUACACAACCACAUUACAAAAUACAAUAAAUGCUGAAAUAAAUAAAUCUCAGAAUUCGGAAGUUAUUAAAGUUUCAAAAGUUAAUAAAACCGAUAAUGAUCUUGACAGAAAUAAAAUGAUGCAUAAUGAUCCUUUUGUAAAUCAUUCACAGCAUACAUCAUCACACUGUCCAAUUACACAAACCACAUUACAAAAUACAAUAAAUGCUGAAAUAAAUAAAUCUCAGAAUUUGGAAGUUAUUAAAGUUUCAAAAGUUAAUAAAACUGAUAAUGAUCUUGAUAGAAAUAAAAUGAUGCAUAAUGAUCCUUUUGUAAAUCAUUCACAGCAUACAUCAUCACACUGUCCAAUUACACAAACCAGAUUACAAAAUACAAUAAGUGCUGAAAUAAAUAAAUCUCAGAAUUUGGAAGUUUCAAAAGUUGAUAAAAUCAAUGAUGAUCUUGAUAGCAAUAAAAAGCAUAAUGAUCCUUCUGUAAAUCAUUCACUGUACAAUAAAUCACACUUAUUUAUAAAUGUUAAAAUGAAUGAUCCUCAAAAUUCGAAUAAAAAGACUAAAGUUCAUGUAGAAGUUAAUGAAUCUGAUAGCAGACUUGAUAAGAAUAAUUUGACGAUUGAAAUGAAUCAUAAUGAUGAUCCAUCUGUAAAGCGUGAACCAUUCACACGUCAUCCAAUUACACAAAUUGAAUCACAAAGUACAAAUGCUGAAAUAAAUAAAUCUCAGAAUUCGAAAAUAAGUAAAGUUUCAGAAAUUGACGUAUUCGAUUGCGAUCUUGAUAUCGAUGAACUGAUAAAGAUGGAAAUGAUGAAGUUUAAUAUGGUAAAUCAUGAACCGUUCAUAUCAUGUAGUCAUUCAAUUACACGAAUUGAACCAAAAGGUGCAAUAAGUGAUGAAAUAAAUAAAUCUCAGAAUUUGGAAAUUAGUGGAGUUUCAGAAACUGAUAGAUCCGAUAGCAAUCUUGAUAUCAGUAAAUUGAAGGUUCAAGUAAAGUAUAAUCUUUCUGUAAAUAGUCCACCAUUCAUACCGCGUAUUCCAAAGACACCAAUUGGAUUACAUCUUGCUACCAGUAAAUCGAUGGUUCAAGCGAAGGACACAGAAUCUCCAUUUAAAAAAAAUAAAAUGCAAGAAUAUCGUAACAUGUCUCGCAAUCACAAGGACAAGUAUGAGAACUCCAACCCGCGCCGUAUGUACACACUCAUGUGCUCUGAGGACUAUCAAUCGGGGAAGAAAUCUCAUUGGUCGGAGUUGGAGAUAACAGGCAGUAUAAGAAACCUAAGCCCCAACUUGUGGCAAAUGAGUCAUCUGACGGCUUUGUAUCUGAACGACAAUAGUCUGCAGAGAGUGCCACCUGAGAUUGGUCGUCUUGCCAAUUUGCGCAUUCUAGAUCUCAGCAGCAAUAAGCUGCGCAGCCUGCCUGCUGAACUGGGGGACCUUAUCUACCUCAGGGAGUUGUUAUUGAACCAAAACUACCUUCGUGUGUUACCGUACGAACUCGGGAAGUUGUUCCAAUUACAAGUGCUUGGACUUCAAGGGAAUCCACUUAGCAAGGAUGUGUUGACGUUGUAUGGAAAUGGGGAGCCUGCAGGGACGAACAAGCUGCUGACGUACAUGCUGGACAACUUAACAGGUAAGUGACUGUCAAGGGAGAAAGAGACGGAAAAAAGGGAGGAUGGUGUAGUAAGUAAUCAUCGCUCUUUAUCUCCUUCGUGUAU